AUGAGUGUUGAUUCGCCAGUGCGUGAAAGUGAAUCACCAGUAGGGAGAAGAUCUGUAUCUGGCCAUAGAAAGGUGAGUUACGCUAUUGAAGAGGAUGACCUAGAUAUGAGAGACGAUGAAAACGAUGAAGACUACAAUGAAGAUUUACCGGAUGAAGAUGUACCAGAUGAAGAUAUACCAGAUGAAGACGAUAAUGACGAAGCAUAUACCGAGGCUGCACCUGGGAGAUCCAAGAGUAGCUCGAGUAAAAUGACCAAUGUGCGAUCAGUUCCUCAGGACUCAGGAGCCGGCACGACCCGGCUUUCAUCGCAACCAAGACGCGGUCGUCCACCAAAACGGAAGAAUACAGCUAUUGAAACCGCUUUACCGAUCAUAGAUACCAAGAACAAUGCAGAUGGUGCUACCAAUGGCGCCCCCAAGCGGCCUCACCUUUCUUUCCCGAUUGACGAAAAUGGAGAUCCGUUGCCUGUCGUGAACGAUGAAUAUGCGCUUCCCGACGACCAAGAGGGUGACACCAAAAUAAACAGGGAUGGCGACCUAUUGGGUGGACGGCAGUUUCUAGUCCGGUCGUUCACAUUGACUACGCGUGGAGAGCGAAAAUACAUGCUGUCGACAGAACCUGCACGGGCCGUGGGCUUCAGAGACUCGUACCUAUUUUUCCAAUACCAUCCAAACUUGUACAAGUUGACUAUCUCGCAAGACGAAAGAAAUGAUCUUAUUCACAGAGGCGUGAUACCGUACUCCUACCGUACCAGAACCAUUACUUUGGUAUCUGCGAGGGGCGUUUUCAAAGAGUUUGGCGCCAAGAUAAUUGUUGACGGUAGGAAUAUCACCGACGACUACUACGUUGCAAGGCUUCGUGAAGAAGGAAGGGUUGUAGAGGGCACAUUUGCCAGGGAAUCUUCGUCAAAUCCUAGAGGAAUGGGUGGUAGUGGAUACAAAUUUUCCAGUUCUGGUAUAAACCCGGCGAAAAAUGCUGUGGAAUUUUUCGACAAGCGCAAUCACAACAUCACUCCUGGGAAUAACAUCAGCUCUACGAAUUGGCUCUAUCAACACGCAGCAGCAUGUAGCAGAUUUAACAGUGAUUUGUUUUAUGAUCGCGAGAGGGUUUUGUUGAUCGAGCACCAAGGUCUCAGAGAUCCUUACACUAAUACUCUGCAUAUUCCACAAUCAACGCAAUCGACCCAGGUCCUUCGGUAUAUCCAAGAUUCCGCUAAUGCUCCCCGGGACAACUGUUUGGUUUACGAAACCCUGAUAGAAGACAAGGAUGUCACGCGACGCUCUAUUGGCCUGACAAAUGUACCACUUGAUGUCUUUGAAGACGUGGUAGAUGACGACGUGAAGCUCGCCAUAUUGGAACAACAACAGUUUGAGCAGAAAGUGUAG